GGAGUCUGACGAUGCCGUCUGAUCGCGCUAUCUCUGUCUUUUUAAUGGGGACGCACCAGAAAGGAGGAGGCUACUCAGGAUGACGUUGCUUUUUGCAGGCGAGUGCCACACGUGACCGAUUUGAUAGUCGGAACACCUCAGAAUACAGACCGAGGAAAGUAGGAGGACGGCGAGAGAAGCCGGACGACCUCCUGGAGCACAGCAUCAGCACCCGGAGGACGGCAUCAUUUCUGGGAUUGCUUCAUUCCUGCAAUCCAGCUGACAUUGAUUGCCCCCUCCAGCGGUUUUGUUUUAGGAAUUGUGCGCGGUGUUUUGAAUGCCUCGAACAGCUGCAGCAAUCUUCGCGGUGCUGACCGCCUGCCUCUGGUGCUCACCCGCUCUGUGUGCUGUAGGAAGAACCCGCCAGCAGCUCAAUUACCGACCAAUUAUCGGUGUGUUGGCACAGGAAAACCUUCCAUGGGACCAGUUUGCUCGUGGGUCUUCUUACAUAGCUGCCUCCUAUGUCAAAUACCUAGAGGCUGCUGGGGCCAGGGUUGUACCUAUUCGAAUCAAUCGCACAGAAGAAGAGUACGCCAAGAUAUUUAACUCAAUAAACGGGUUGUUGUUGCCAGGUGGAGAUGUAGAUCUUCAGACGUCACAGUUUAGUCGAGCUGCCAAGAUCUUUUACAACUUGGCUCUGAAGGGCAAUGAUGCUGGAGACUACUUCCCUAUUUGGGGAACCUGCCAGGGCUUCCAGCAGCUCACUGUCCUGACUGCCAACAAAAACCUCCUCACGCUUACUGAUACUAAGGCUGUGGCUCUACCUCUGACACUCACAUCAGUGGCCCCAUCUAGCCGAUUAUUCCGGAAUUUUCCCAAAGAUUUGCUGCGGUCUUUGGCUAGUGAAAACAUCACUGCAAACUUCCACAGUUGGAGUCUCUCCAUGCAGAAUUACAGUCGAAAUGCCAAACUCAGGAGGUUUUACAAGAUCCUGUCCACUAACAGUGAUGGAAAGAAAGAAUUCAUCUCUACUAUGGAAGCCAACCAUUACCCAUUUUAUGCUGUGCAAUGGCAUCCAGAGAAAAGUCCUUUUGAGUGGGUAGAUAAGCCAGGAAUGAUUCAUUCUGUUUCCGCUGUAAGGGCCAGCUUCUACACUGCCAGCUUCUUUGUUUCUGAAGCCAUGAAAAACCACCAUCAUUACCCCAGUCCUGAUGAGGAGGACAAAGCUCUCAUUUACAACUUUCCUCCUGUUUACAGAGGCUUUGAUGCUGUUUUUGUGCAGAAUUAUUACUUUGAUUGAUGAUCAGUGCUGAAGAUGAACCAUACCUGGUCACAGCCUAGUCCAAGUUAGUCAAAUCUUGGUUAAUUUUCUGCUUUAAACUUGAUAGAGUUUCAACAUACAGUGGCCUAAGAAAUCAAGUCACAGAUAAAAUGCAGAAAUUAAACUGAUUAAAAUGUAGUGAUAGAUGAUAGCUGAAAAUAUGUCAGAAUGCAAAUAAAGUCCCAAGUAAUUAAUUUAGGAGAAAAAAUAAAAAGGAAAUGCUCAACAAGUGUAUUUUUUUUUCUCCUGCAGUAUUUUCAAGACAUGUUGUUAGCACUGGUUUUAAUCCAAAUAAACCUUGCAAUUUUGGGGGGGAGGGGGGAGUUACUAGUCUGAUCAUUUUUAUUCCAGAAUGUGUUUAAGCCACCUGCAGGAUCCUUAACGUAUGCUGCUAACUUUUUUUGUUUGUUUGAUUUUAAUUUAUUUAUUACUUUCACUUUAUUUUUUGACAGCAUUGCUUUGGGGUUAGGAUCUAUUAAGAGCGUCUUUAUUCUUAAAAAGAAGUAUCAGUAUCUGUUGUAAGUUCAUCUCACCUUGAUUGUAUUGUUUUGGACAUAGGUGUGCAUCCAAGUGUUUUAUUUUUUACUAAGAAAUGGUAUAUUUUGUAAAACAUUGACUGAGAAUGAAGCUUCUCUGAUGAUUUGCAGGUUGUUUUUGUCAGGUUUAAUAUUUCUAUUGAUAUUAACUGGGGUUAAAUUAUGCUAGUAGGACUAUACAAUCAAAGUAUAAUCAAACAGAUGGUACAUGAAUUUUGGAUUUUAAAAUUGCUGAACUCUUAAAAGUUAUAGUAUGAUUUCAUAACUUUCCCAUCAGCAAAUUUCCUAAAACUAGUACCGGUACAUGAAAGGCUCAUUCUUGUCCAAAUUUUGUUUACUAUUUAGCUAGUCAUCUUAAUUUUUUUUGAUACAUGUAUUGAAUGUACGAUCGGUGGAGGUUGCAGUCUUGUUUGUAUGUUGUACCAUGUGUCAGAUGAUUAGACAAUAAAGGGAGUUAAAUAAACUUCAGUCUAUCCAAGA